CAUCACUCUCAAACGCUUAUUCCACUGGGAUAGACGCAACUUCGGUCCGUGCGCGGAGCGAAGGAGACGCAUACCGAAAUAACACCAAUGGCUGCGCUUGUGUUCACAGCGACUUUUGCGCUAACAGUUUGGAUACCGACUUUCGCAUUAACCGCACGGGUCUACCCUCCUAAUGAAGUGACGCUGCUGGACUCGAGAACUGUUCAAGGCGAACUGAAAUGGGUUGCGAGUCCGACGGAAGGAGGGUGGGAAGAGGUGAGCAUCAUGGAUGAGAAGAAUACGCCAAUCAGGACGUACCAGGUAUGCAACGUAAUGGAACCCAACCAGAACAAUUGGCUCCGAACAGAUUGGAUUCCCCGUGGCGGAGCCCAGCGCGUUUACAUCGAGAUCAAAUUCACCCUGCGUGACUGCAACAGCCUGCCUGGAGUCAUGGGAACCUGCAAGGAGACCUUUAACCUCUACUACUACGAGUCCAGCAAUGACAAAGAGAGGUACAUCCGAGAAAACCAGUUCACCAAAAUUGACACCAUUGCUGCCGAUGAGAGCUUCACUCAGGUGGACAUAGGAGACCGUAUCAUGAAACUGAACACAGAAGUGCGGGAUGUGGGAAUUUUGACACGGAAAGGCUUCUAUUUGGCCUUCCAGGAUGUCGGGGCCUGUAUUGCUCUAGUGUCCGUACGGAUCUUCUAUAAGAAAUGCCCCCUCACCGUACGCAACCUGGCCCAGUUUCCAGACACCACCACAGGGGCGGACACCUCAUCUCUAGUGGAGGUACGUGGAUCUUGCGUGGACAACUCAGAAGAACGGGAGGUCCCAAAAAUGUACUGUGGAGCAGAUGGAGAAUGGCUGGUGCCUAUUGGAAACUGUUUGUGUAACCCUGGCUAUGAGGAACAUGGCGGAUCUUGCCAAGCUUGUAAGAUUGGUUACUACCGAGCGUUAGCUACCGACGACAGCUGUUCUAAGUGUCCCCAGCAUAGUUACUCUGUGAGGGACGGAUCCACUUCCUGUGCCUGUGACAAAGGAUUCUUCCGGUCUGAGACGGACCCUGCCUCUAUGCCCUGCACACAGCCCCCCUCCGCUCCUCAGCACCUGAUUUCCAAUGUGAACGAGACUUCUGUAAAUCUGGAGUGGACGAUCCCAGCCUCGUCCGGCGGCAGACAGGACCUUAAUUAUAAUGUUAUAUGCAAGAGGUGCAGCUCAGAUGGUCAGCGCUGUCAGCCCUGCGGCAAUAGUAUCCAUUUUUCUCCGCAGCAGCUGGGCCUGCGAGCCACCCGGGUUUCCAUAAACGACCUGCAGGCUCACACCAACUACACCUUUGAGAUCUGGGCCGUAAACGGGGUCUCUAAACAGAGCCCCGGACCAGAACAAGCAGUUUCUGUGACUGUUACCACCAACCAGGCGGCUCCCUCUCCGGUUACCACCAUCCAGGCCAAGGACAUCACCAGACAUGCUGUGUCUUUGGCAUGGCAACAGCCCGAGAGACCCAACGGUGUCAUCCUUGAGUACGAGGUCAAAUACUAUGAAAAGGACCAAAAUGAGCGGAGCUAUCGCAUAAUGAAGACCUCCUCCCGCAGUGCUGAGAUCAAAGGCCUGAGCCCACUCACUUCCUACGUGUUUCACGUGCGCGCUCGCACAGCCGCUGGCUAUGGAGACUUUAGCGCCCCCUUCGAGUUCAUGACCAACUCAGUUCCCUCUCCUAUAAUUGGAGAUGGCGCAAACUCCACCGUCCUGCUGGUGUCUGUAAUUGGCAGCGUGAUUCUGUUGCUCAUCUUCAUCGGAGUCUUCAUCAUUAGCCGCAGGAGAAGCAAAUACAGCAAAGCCAAACAGGACUCAGAUGAGGAGAGGCAUUUGCAUCCAGGAGUCCGGAUCUAUGUGGACCCCUUCACCUACGAGGACCCCAACCAAGCCGUACGUGAAUUCGCCAAAGAAAUCGACGCCUCCUGCAUCAAGAUUGAAAAGGUCAUCGGCAUUGGAGAAUUCGGGGAGGUGUGCAGCGGGCGGCUCAAGAUGCCUGGAAAGCGAGAGAUCUGUGUGGCCAUAAAAACCCUCAAAGCAGGAUACACUGACAAACAGAGGCGGGACUUCCUGAGCGAGGCCAGCAUCAUGGGCCAAUUCGACCACCCCAACAUCAUCAGACUGGAAGGAGUCGUAACUAAAUGUAAGCCGGUUAUGAUCAUCACUGAGUACAUGGAAAACGGAUCCCUGGAUGCUUUUCUCAGGAAGAAUGACGGACGGUUUACGGUAAUUCAGCUGGUUGGCAUCCUCCGUGGUAUUGCUUCAGGGAUGAAGUAUUUGUCUGACAUGAGCUACGUCCACCGUGAUCUGGCUGCACGCAACAUCCUUGUCAACAGCAACCUGGUGUGUAAGGUGUCCGACUUUGGCAUGUCUCGAGUUCUCGAGGAAGACCCAGAUGCUGCCUAUACAACCAGGGAAUUAACAGGAACCUAUCAAUCACAGGGAGGCAAGAUUCCCAUUCGCUGGACCGCACCCGAAGCUAUUACGUACAGGAAGUUCACCUCUUCUUCCGACGUGUGGAGUUACGGCAUCGUCAUGUGGGAGGUGAUGUCAUACGGAGAACGGCCGUACUGGGACAUGAGUAACCAGGAUGUGAUAAAAGCAAUUGAGGAAGGUUACAGGCUGCCACCACCAAUGGACUGCCCGGUUUCUUUGCAUCAGUUGAUGCUGGAUUGCUGGCAGAAAGAGCGAGCCGAGAGGCCGAAGUUUAGUCAAAUAGUCAACAUGCUGGACAAACUGAUCCGGAACCCCAACAGCUUGAAAAGAACGGGGGGAGAGAUUGCAAGACCCAACACCACCCUCCUGGAGCCCAGCAGCCCAGAAUUCACUUCUACCCUGGGCUCAGUUGCCGACUGGCUGCAGGCCAUCAACAUGGAGCGUUACAGAGACAACUUCACAGCUGCUGGUUACACCACCCCAGAAGCUGUGGUCCAUAUGACACAAGAGUGAGUCACAUGAGCAAAUACUGGGCACUCUUAAAGGAGACAUGGCGCGGAUAGGGAUCUCCUCUGCCGCACAUCAGGAUAAGAUCCUCAGCAGCGCGCAUGGAAUGCUGUCCCAGAUGCAACAAAUGCAAGACAGGAUGGUUCCUGUCUGAACCCAAGGGAUCGGAACAGAAACUCAAAACAUACUUUGGACUUUGUUUUUUAUUUUGGUUUCUAAGAAAAUCCACUUACCUCAUCCAUGCACUUGAAAUAAAAUUUUGGAAAAUGAACGAAAAAGGAAAACAGAAAAAUACUUCAGAGGAACGAUACAGCACCUUCUUUCAAUAACGCCAUCUCUGCACUUUGAGAGAAUUGAGAGGAUUGUCCCACGCUGUACUGAUGCUCUGGAUACGAUUUUAGGAAACUUUAUAUGGGUUCCUUCAUUUCAAUGACACUACGAAGGAGUUUCUCUGGUUCUUUCGAUUGUUUUAUUUUGUAUGUAUGUGUCUGUAAGUAUGUGUAUAAAUAUUACUGGAUUUUUUCGCCAUUUCACAGUUAUUAGAGUCAGCGGCACCUGGUAGAUUUUUUAUGCUCAGUACAAAGGCAUCAGAGAUAAAGAUUUAAUGCCCUCUUUAGUGCACUUGUUUUGGCGAUUUUGGAGAGGUGUUCAUCUUCCCGACAUCCACAAUGGAAGACAUCUCCAGGCCAGUUCUGGAAGGUCUUCAGGUCUCCCCACCCUCCCAAAUGGAAUAUCUGUCUCCACUCUGCAAUUCUCCAUACUUCUCCACUUGGCUGGGAACUCAUGCGCACCGGUUGGAAUAGAAAAUUCUGCCUUCGAUUUACAUCUCUCUCCACUUCGGUCUCUACAGUCAUCCUUUUCUCACUCUCCCGCUCCAUCUACGUCUUCCUCAUUCCUGCCCUCGUCUCCUUGUCUCGGGAGAUUUUCGGCGGGCCAUGAAAUCAACAUGUCUCCCUUACUGGAAGUUCCAUCGUAGCUGAGCUAAGAGUCACAUUCAUACAUCUGCUCCACAGCGAUAUCCUCCGUAAAACUCAGCGCAGCCUCACAUCAAUCACAGUUGCAAUAACUACAUUUAUCCAACACUAGGACAAAGGACUUCAAUUCCCAUGAUGCCUACCGAAUGCCAAACGAUUCAGAAAUGUGAGUCUGGAAACAAAUGACGAACAGCCCGAGGAGCAUGCAAGGACCCUUCGGUUGUCUCCUAAGAGAUUCAAUGAGAGAUAACAAUGAUUUUUCUCACUUGUGCACAGUUUGUACACAUUUUGACAGAAUAUCUUCAAACUCUUCAUUCUCAGUGCAGUGUUUGUUUUCUCUUAAAAGGAUGACAGUUUGUUUGAGAUACACAAAGGAAAAUAACUCAUGAUUGUGCUAAAACUACAGAACUCUUGAGUUGUGGCUAAUCGCUGGAGAUAAGCAUACUGGAGUAGUUUGCUAUUUACGCCAAGCCACUGCUGUUCUUUGCUUCUUAUGCCAAGACUCGGGAUUGUAACUAAAACAUGCAACAUUUUUUUGGGCCGUUUGACUCUAACAUGAAUUGAGUUAAGCUAAUUUGAAUGGUCUGCAAGAUGAAGUGGACUGCAAGAAGAGGCACGUUAUUUGUACGUAAAAUAAACUUAUUACAGGAAUGUUUAUAACAAAGGGGAAAAAACUCUUAACAUUUCAAGUGUUCUCUGUUUCACGUCAACCUGAUUCAUUCCGUCCAAAGAGAGACUCUUUUAUCUGAGGGGGUUCUUGUUAAUGCAAUGCAUUCUCAUAUGAAAAGCCUCUGCACAGACCUUGAAUAUGUUUCUUUUUGUCAUUCUUUGUUUUAUCCUUCUAUAUUCCCUCCUCAAUGUUUGGUGCCAGCCUUAUAGGACCUGUUUGGAAUAUGCAAUGAAUGUGAGAAGAGAGGAAUUCAAUAGAAUGUACCGUGCCAAGUCUCUUAAUGUAGUUUAUUUUGGAGGAACACACUAACAUGUCAUUUUUCUCAGCUAAUCUAGGCAUUUAAGUUUAACAUUGUGCAUAAUUGUGUCAGUACUCUCAUUGUUGUCCCUGUCUUCCAUUUUUUAUUUUAUGAAUUUAGGUACAUGAAACAUGUCAUUUAUUUAUGGUCUUUUUUUAUCUAGUUUGUAAAUUGUAAAAUAGAGCUAUGAGAAAAUAAAUGAUUGCCAAGUGCAUUGUAAUUAACAUCUAAAAUUAUUUAUGUGAGUAAUUCGCUUGAGUGCACUAAAUGCUGGAAAGGUUAGCCGUCCGUCGAUUAGGUGGAUGGGACCGUCUAAAGAGGUAUUCUCACAUGGAGAGAAAUGGAUCCGCAUAAAGUGCCAGCUAAGUGUGAGAGGGGACAGUUGGCUUUGUGUGACGCUGGUUACUUAUUACAUAUUGGCAGCUGUUGAAACGAAACGAUGGCUGGAGUAGAGUCUUGUGGUAUAAACAGGUUUGUCUGCCUUUCCAGCAGCAUUCAGAUUAUUUUUAUUUUCUCUACACUGUACUCCUCGCCUCUUUCAGUCAAAGCAUGAAGUAAGUGUUUUGUGUAAACGCUGUCGCUGAUUGCGAGUAAAAGCAGCUUGGCAUGGAGAACCAACACAUUAAAACAUAUUGUAACAUAAACAUAAAAAAUAAAAAGAGCAGAAAUGGGAAAAUUCUCCCCCGAAGAACGAUUUCAACAAUCAAACCAUAUUAUGAUGAAGCGGCGGCAGAAGAGGAGGCGACUCUCUCGCUGAGCGCCUGCAUUUCGUCAGCCUUUCUUUUUUUUCCUCCCUUCCUUUUUUUUCAAGCUUUUUUUUUUUCCUGUCCUUUCUGCACUAUGAAUGGGCCAUAAUACAGCCGCUUUGGCACGGUGCGCCUGCUUAAUCAGUAAACAUCUGUUUCCCACAGCCGUCCCAGUUGCGAUGAGGGCUGAUUGUGGAAAGCCUUUGAUAAAUAAAGGAGGGAAGGGGAAAAAAAUGAGGAGAAACCGUAAUUUUAGAAUCCAAGAAAAUCCCGCCGUGAGCCAAGCAAUGUUUUUCCUCUGGCAAUCAUUCUAAUGAGAGAUGCAUUCAUUAUGCAUGUAUUUAGAUGCCAGUCACUGUAGUAAAAAGGAAGGGUGGAGAAAAAAAAGUUUGCACAGGAAAGACUACCAGUCUGCAUUUAGUUGAUAUCUAAUGAGGAAGCGAAGCAGCAUUCCUACAACAGGGCUGGGAUUAAAGAUUUGUACUUGCCCUGCCACUAGUUUCACUGGCCUCACAAUAAAUAAAUAAAAAAUAUAUAUUUUUAUAUUUUUAGCAGCAUAUUUUUGUGUGAGAUUUUUUUUUAUAUAUAAUAAAAAAUGUAUUUAUAACUUUCAACCCAUUCUAAAUGAUGCUUCCUGGACUAUUGCAAGUAAUUCUCACAAUUAGCUGUUUUUCCACUGGUUCUCAUUGUGGAACUGUACCUUUCCGUUCCGAUCAGGGCUUGUUGACAAUAUUACGGUUUCUAUUUCAAACGUGGUGCUUCUAAAUCAGAAUUAGAAUGAACUGACUUGGCAAGUGACCAAUCGUGAGUCAACACGUCACUAAAUUCGUUCCACGUGCACGGUUCUCUGUCCUGAAAAAUUUUGGCUACCGUACUGAGAAAUCUGGGCCAGGAACAGUUUGUAAUUGAAUCGUACCUAACCAUAUUCAAGUGGAAAUGUUACUGGAACUGUUCCUUACCAUACUCAGAACUGUUCAGCCCAAUGGUGGAAAAGCACUUCGUGUUAACCAGCUAGAUAAUGUUACCUUGGCGACAUUUUAAUCAACAAAAUCUAAACCAAACAACAUUCAAUACUUUGCAGAAAAUCAAGGGCAUAAAAACACAUGUACAUGAUCAACAAAUAUAAGACACAGUGACAACACCGCAGAGGCCCAAUAGGAUGUGACGGUCUUGUCAACUGGCCCAAACUCUUUCACACUGGCUAUUGUUGAGCCCUGUACAAAAGGGGAGUGGAAAGAGCAGGCAAUAGUGUUUUGAUAGCUUUCCAUGAGGUUUAACAGGAGUGGUGUGGACCAGUAUUUAGUCUUUAAGAGGGUGAUAAAGACCCAGAAAUGGCUUACAACUGCAGUCUGAGAGAGUUCUGCUACAAAACCAGCCCUAAAAAUCCCACUUUUAAUCCUUAAUUUUAGCCCUGGAAUAGCACAAACAUCCUCAGGAGCCAUCAGGACAUAAGCCAGGUCUUAUAUUUAUAUGGAUCUGUUCUAGUGUCCUGUAUCAGUCCUCUGCUAUCUCUGUGUAUUGUAGAGCUGGCAUCUGUUAUCAGUUGGAUAUCAGUCUUUUUCAAUAGCCACUUUAGCAGUUCUUUUCAGCAGCUUUCACCACAUGGAUUAACAAAAAGUAGGAAAGAGUCAAACAAGGGAAAGAUUAACAGUCGAAAUCUGGAGCAGCAGCGAAGGAACUCAUUCGCUCUCUUUCAUCUUGUCCUAUCCAUAGAAAGCUUGGAAAAUGUCUCAAAUUACUGCUAGCAUGAUGUAAUCCAAUAUUCCAGAUUGGAGGGGACCAAAGAUACAAUUUUAAAAUGGUCGUAUUAUAUCAUAAGUUCAUAUAAUGUUUAUCUGUGCAAACAGUCAUAAUAUAGUGUUUUGUGAGCAUUUUCCUUCCUCUUUCUGAGACUUAGAAUAAAGUAGAUUUUUUUCCUGCUGAGCUUUUAAGAAACAUCCCCUUUUAAUGUGAAAUGAGCAACAGUGCUUAUCCAGAAAAUCUGAUUCCUCAUGAUGACCCCUUUAAGAAUGUCAUUCUAUAUGGGGAAAAAUCAUAUUUAUUGACAAUUUUUCUGAAUAUUUUGGGGGACAUGUCCUGACUGUAAGGGUUAACCACUGAUUCAAUCUUAAAUAAGUGAUAAAAAACAGUAGUAUUUUAUCUCUUGAUGAAUGGUUGGUGGGAGCUUCUGCAUUUGUAUAAACUAUGUGAGUCCUCUGGUCUAUUAAUCCCCAUUCAAACAGCUUUCCUGAUGUUUGUUAAGAUCUUUGUCUCAACCCCCUUCUUAACCAAAUGAAGCCUGUAGAUCAAGAUGACAUUUCAGAACAUGGUUCAGAGAUAAACUGUGUCAUUAGAAGUCCUUGAGAGUAGUUCUAUUUUUGUCAAGACAAAAGGAGAAUAACAGAGGGAAAUAAGACAUGAGUAGGGUUGGCAAUCGAGAACCAAAUCUUAUUCCACAAAAAAAAAAAAAAGUACUGGAACCAAACGAUUUUCAUGAUUUUUGGUUCCAUUAACGGUUCUUGGACAUCUGCAUUCUUUUGCUAUUGCUGAUGGAGCAGCGUACUAAAAUAUGUGUUUCUAGCACCAUUGAUUCUUCAGCGAUAACGGAGAAAGACUUGAGUACUGUGAAAUCAUUAAAUGCAUUUCUAUUGAGUUGUCCUCACUGGUUGCAUCAAAUAUACAAGUGAGACCAGUAUGGGAUAUAAUUAUUUCAUGAUAUAUUUAUUUAUUAAUAAAUUAGUCUGUUACAUCCUUUCAUAGCCCAGUGCUGUCCAAAUGACUCAUAUGAGCUGGUUCUUUUUAAUGAAUCAAAACAAUAAACAAAUUAUUCUCGAACUCAUCUGUUUAAAACGUCUCACCCACUCACUGAAUCAGUAGGAGUGGUUAAAGAAAUCCCUUUAAAUGAGGCACUACUAUUAUAAGUGCCUCAAUUAACCCAGCUUUUUGCUUCUUUUAAAAAAGGAGCAACAAGUUGAAAUUAAUUUUGUGGUAAUCAACAUUAUGCCACAAAUGCUGUUGACUGAGCUUAACUUUUAUUGAACCUGGAAUAUUCCUUUAAGUGGAACCGGAAGCAGAACCACUACAUUCCUGAAGAUAGUCUCUUUGGGUGCCAGACAUUUCAUAUGUGACCUUUGCUUAUUCCCUAGCCCCCUUCCAAAUGUAUGAAGCUGAUUUGAAUUUAUCAUUUGAUUCUGGAUUACGUUCAAUUCAUUAUCGACAUAUCAAGCCUGUUAAUAUGUAAGGUGUAUAAGUGUGAGUGAUUGACUCUGGCUGCGUGUAGCUCCAAACAGCCUUGCAUGAUUAAUGAGAAAGAGAUGACAAAGGUAAUGAGGUUUGCUUAACAUUGUCAUACUCACCCACAUGCUUUUACUAGAACCACAAAUCUAAUGGAGAGAGAGAGAGCAGAGGGGGUUCAAUGCAAUUAAAAUCUUUAAUUUAUUUUCCAUUCCCACUGUCUCCCCACUGUCAUUGAAUCUUAUUUAGUCAGUAAGUCUUUUCUUUGCUCAUUUUCCUUUACUUCUACUUCUCAUUUGCCUCCUUCCUCACACACUCUGUGAUUUUUUUUACAAGCUCUCUCCUGGAUUAACACACAUAUAAACUCUGUUCCAAAAUCUAGUGAGUUGUUUGCUGUCAAUUGCCUAGUGAUUACAUACUAACUGAAAGUGAACCUCAUGUAAAAAUGCACGGGAGACUCGACUCUCAGUUUGGUGAUAGCAUGUUGCUAAGCUAAUGAUGUGAUACUCUAAGAAGCAUAAAAAUGCAUAGCACUUAGCACACACAAAUGUUGGGUAAACAGUCCAGUUUAAGUAGAUUAAACAGUACUUUGAGGAUUGAAUAAAAUAUAUAAGUAUACAUAUAAAAAAAUUAAAAAAGUAGCUGAAAGUUGCUUCAAGGGUAUGUAAUUAUGGCCUCCACCGGUGUUCUUUUGGAGGAGGGUUAGGUAUUCAUCAAGGAAAAACAAAUCCAAGGAACUCACGUGGGGUGUAGUACAAAGCAGGGACUAAAAACGGUUCAAGGAACGAAAAACCGAUAGCAGAACAUAACCAAAAACCGGAACAAAGUGAUUUUCAAUUGUUCCGGAGUGAAAACGUUAUUUUUAAAUGCUGGAAACCGGUUAUAACCUGUUAAUUUUGUUCCAAUAAUUUUUCCAUGAAACUAAAGGCCAAAGGGUUUAUUACAGUGUAUGUUUGGAACUACACCACUUCAUGUUUUCAGUGAAAAUGAAAUGUGCUUUGAACCUGAAGGAAACUGCUGCAUCACACAUUUCUUUGCCUAACUGUCUGUUGUGAAUGUCAUAUUCUGUGAAUGAAGACCUUUUUAACAACUAUGUAUAAUUACUACAUAUACAUGCACUGCUAAUUAAGAUACAAGGAAAAUAUUAUUAGAUGUAAAAUGUACUUUUCUCAGUUGUUUCCAAGUCUUCACUGAAUUAUUGUUAGAUAUGAUGUAUUAAUACAGAUUUGAUGCUGCCUGGUUUUGACUCAGAAGCAGAUCUUUAAUUAAAAUAUUA